GCCCCCGUUUUGUUGUUUGGCUAAAGAUGGCGUUAGCGGCUAAUACAGGCGACCGCAUUCUGUUCUACAAAUUUUACUCGGCCAGUGGUAUCAAAACACUGUUCAAUUAGAGGUUUAAUUCGUCGGCUGAUGUGCAAAAAAUAUGGUACAUAGAGAAAAUACACGUCCAUGACAUAGAAUAGCGACUGGCUGGCCUUCUAACGAUGUAGGCCUGUUCUUAAAGGAGUGGACAGAGGCUGCUGGAACUCCAUCUCCCAACAGCAUCCGCGGCGUCAGGUGGUACGUCUUUAUUUUCUCCUGCUGGAGAAACUAUGGCUGCGUCACCAGAGUCCUCGUUGUCGUGGUGCCUGGUUCACAUUUCCAAACCUGGAUCUGGUGCAGAGCACCAUGGGACUCGCGCGGCAGACCCAGGCGGAGGCAGAGAAGUGGACAAGAGGUCCAGAGCGUCUCAGUGGAGAGCACUGGUUGCUAUACGCACACAGCACAUCAAGGGUGGCAAGGCUGGCAUCGCCAGGUUCAGGACUCAAGGUGGUCUGCAGCCCCUGCUAGACCUAGUCAAACAGCCAGAGUGCCCCAGGAAAACACUGGACCUGGCUCUGAGUAUCCUGGCAAACUGCUGCACUGAGCCAGAGACACGCAUUGAGGUUCGUAAACUUGAUGGAAUAAAUACUGUAGUGGGGAUCCUGAACAGAAAUGUGGCCAUGGAGACGGUCCAGAACCGAGCAGCUCGAGCUUUGGGGAACUUGGCCAUGGAUCCAGAGAGCUCUGCACUCAUCCACUCUGCUGGUGGCAUUCCUCUUCUACUCCUCUGUGUCUCUCUUUCCUCCACCCCAUCCUCUCCAACUGCCAUUCUACCAAAGGACCCUUGUCCCAAACUAGAGUGUGCUCAGUCGGCUGCUCGGGCCCUCCUCUACCUCUCAGAUACUCCCACUAACCGCCUCUCCUUGCUCACCCAAGGGACCUUAUCUGCCCUUGCUCCUCUCAUUGCUCCUGAAUAUCCUCAAGGGCUGAGGCGGACGUCACUCAGGACGAUACAUGAGCUGACUCGGGGCUGUGGUGUCGAAUGUGCCAGGGAGGUGUCCCGAUCUGGGGUCCUUAGCCAACUUGGUGUCAUGGCAUCAGGGGAGUCUGGUAAACCGUUUGAGGACUUGGCACUGAAAACUCUGGCCAACAUGUGCUCUCAAGGCUGUUUGCGUCCUCUGGUAGGGUCACUGGGCGUCAUUCAGAAGUUCAUAGAGGAAAUCAAAAAGGACCUGCUAAAGUCAGGGAUCUUCCUCAAGGCUCUGUGCUUGUGCUGCAAGGAGGCAGUUAACAGAGCAAAGGUGAAGGAGAGUGGUGGACUGGAGGUGCUGACUAGCUUUUUGUCCACCCAUCGGAGUCAUCCACUUUCCAGGCUGGUCAUUCUGGCUUGUGUAGACUUUGUUUUUGAUGAAUCUGCUAUGGAGCAAUUGCUAGAGUUAGGGCUGGUCCCGCUGCUUGUUGCACGACUGGUUGAGCUCACCAAAGGAGAGGAGCAAUUUGCUGAGAAGAUGGAUGUGAGCUUCACAUCAAGCAUGUCUCCCGCUGAGCUCCUGCCCUCUUCAUGCUUUGAUUCUUAUGACUUUCCUCCUCCUGAGUGUCACAAGAAGGAGGAAGCUAGCAGGGAGCAAGGUCUCUGUUCGUCAAGCUUUCAAAGCUUUAGGUCAUGGUUGGUGUCUGAGGGACUGAUCUCUUCUGAGGGAGAUCUGCCAGAUUCCUCUGGUGUUGACGGUGAAUGGGGGAGUCUUCAGAUCCCACUGUAUUCAUCCCCAAAUCCUCAUUCCAUUUCUCCCAAAAACUCUUCUUCCCACAACUCCACUCCUUCCUCUUCUAAAAAGGCAGCACUGCCCUCCCCUGUGUCAUCCCUGGAUAAAGUCAAUGAUCUGCCUACAUCUAGUCCCCAGCCCUCCAGUUCUCAAACGACCCAAAACCAUCCCAGCUCCUCUCCCACUAAAACACCUGAAACACCUGUGUCUCCAUCAAAGUUCUCAUCCCUUUACCGAAGGAGGCAGCGAACUCAAUCAUCACCUUCGUUGACCAAGGUCACUUUGGAGACCCCUCCCUCUAUGCCCCGCCCAACGACAUACCACCACCCCUACCACCCUGAACCGUGGACGACUGAGUCGCCUAUCCUGCUGCUGCUGUCGCGCUUCUCCCACACCUCUGAUCCAAGUACUGCUCUGGUCAGCUCUGGCGUCAUGUCCGGCUUGCUCUACUACCUCACCCAGCACCAGGACCCUAGCAGCAGGUGCUUCCGUAUGCUUUGCCGACUGAGCUGCAACCCAAAUUGUUUGCAGGCGCUGGUCCGAACAGGCUCGGUGGCAUUGAUUCACCACCAACUCUGCCAGAGAGGGGGAGGUUUUAAAGGAGAAGAGAGGCAGACGGAUGGAGUCAAAGCCAAAGUUAAACAACUAGGUGUUGCUCUUCUCAAUAAUCUGCGUGUUCAGUGCGAGUCUGGAUUUGGCUCUGGUGUUUUAGCACAUGUAAUGAUGUCGGGCUCAGAGUCGGACAAAAUGAACUGUGCUCUGUCGCUGCCGUUAAUCAGCAGCAACCGGUCCCUGCUAAAGAAACUUCUUCUGGACAGCAGUGGGCUACUUUUGGCUCUGCAGCCCCUUGGCUGCGAUGGAUACGAUGAUGACGACACGGAUGAACACAACCCUGCCGGAUGUGGAAGGCUGCUUUCUGACUUGAAUUCACCACAUGUAGGUCAGGCCACUCAGGUCCACUCGCUGUACUUUUCUCUCCUGAUUGGAUGUCUGUCCAUGCUGACAAGUAGUAUUAAAACUGAGCAUCACAAAAAAUAUCCAAGUGCAGCUGUAACAGAGUCAAUCAGUAAAAUCGGCAGAGUUUCACCCCCUCCAUCUAAAAAGCCUCGGCUCGCUGACAAAUGUCCUUACGGUCUCUCAAACUUUGACCUGGUCUUGCUGCUGGAUGAUGGAACUCAGGUUCCAGCCAACAGGGAGGCAGUGGCUGGGGUGGAGGGAACAGACAGAGCUGGUUCUGAGUACUUUAGGGCUUUGUUGAGAGGUGGAUUUGGAGAAGCUCAGGGUAAGGCAGAAGAUGCCAUCCACAUCAAAGAUGUAAGCACAGGUAUGUUACUGCCAGUGCUACAUUACCUACACGGAUGUCGGCUCACCAAGGGCGCAGAAGCAGCACAGGAAAGUGAUCAGGGAGCGAUGGGAGGACAUUGUCAGAUUUUGGACUCAUUGGUCGUCGAGGGGCUGAGUAUCUGCCUAAAGGAAACAACAGAGAGCUCAGCAGAAGACUUUGCUUUCCAGAAAACACCUGUAGGUGAGAUAAUGAUUGGAGCAUGCCGGUUUUUAGUGACUGAACUGAAGAGAGAGUUGGAAGAUCUCUGUGUGUCUCUUGUUCUGUCCUCCUCCACCACCACUGCUUCCAGUAGAGCAAAGUCGACUCCCACAGAGGAGAUUGAUGACAAGGCUGCAUCUAAAAUGGACCAAGCAUGUCAUGAGUCCGCUGAGGAGAACCUGGCUCAUCGGACAUCUGAGCUAGAGCUGACUGGUUUCAAUAUGCAAAUAGAAAAGUUACCAGAACAAAUUAGGAAAAAAAACAGUUCACCACAGAAAACACACAAUAAGAAAGCUCCUUCCAUGGGAACGGUCAAAAAAGGCAGCUGUUUGGACCCGAUGCUAGGCAAACAUGUCACUUCAGUUUCCAAGUCGAGCUGUACUUCAUCUGUGGACAAAUCAUUCACUUCAGAAGAGUCAAAAUUAAAACCAGAGAACUCGAUUAAAGGUUCAGCACAGCUUCUGAAAUCAGCAGCUCAGGACCUAAUUUCUUGCUCAGAAGGAGAUGCACCAGGUGGACCUCUGGCUGCCCUCCUCCCACAGGUGUACUGGUUUUCUCAGCGCUAUAGCUAUCCAGCACUGGGUCGGACCUGCCUGUGUCUCCUGCUGGGUUGUCAGCACUGCCCUCGGCCUGUUUCGCCCUCUCUUGCUGGGGAUUGCUUUCGCAGACUCGUCAGAGAGGCCGACUGCGUUGAGGCUCUGAAACAGGAUCUGCUACAUCUGGUCACGUCAGCCCUGAAUUAAAUCUGCAGGAUCCAGGAUCAUAUACAUUUUACAUUUUUUAGUUUCAUCCACAUGCCCUUUAUUGUACUUUUUGUCUGCCUCUCUUUUAGACUUUUUUGCUUUUCUAGCAAUGUAGAAAGAUAUUGCCAGUGCUGGAUUAGCAGUCAUUCCACCGUAGGGACCUGUAUGCAGAGUCGGUGUAGUCGAACAGCCAGUUGGAGCACCUGCUCCCUCUUUAAACUGCUGUGAUUGGUUCAAAUCUGCCUUGACAUUUCAUAUUCAGGCUCAAUCCUCUACCACUGUUUUGCAUGUUGACAUGUAGGAGCUUAGCGUGUCCUAAUUUGUGUUAAGGUAGAGGGGUAGGAUGAAGUGUGAGGGUUAACUAAGUGUGGGCACACUUAAAACAGAGGGCUAUGAGAUGUUUCCCUGAUUAACUAAAUCCAAAGAAAAUUUGAUGUUGCCCCCAGACAGCUAGUGUCGUUGAGUAUAUUGUGUAGCUAUACUAACCUCAACAGAACUUGUUUGCAGUCUCUUUUAUAACCUUUAACAGAUUCAGUAGUUUUCGCGGGUGUUGAUGAGGUUAUGUGACAUUUCUCUGCUUUGCGGCGUAAUCAUGCCUUUAGUUGACAUUAAUUAUAUAUAUACAGCUUUUUUCUUUCUUUUUUUUUGUUUGGGUGGCACGGGCAGUCGCAUCUGCUUACGUGAUGACACGUCACAAUCUUGAAGGAGGUUCCCCCGUUUCAUAGGGCUAGAUUUGAACCAAUACCCCUUGCAACCCGGCAGCAAGGGGUAAGUGUAAAAAUUAGUAAUGGGGUUGGGCCUCAGUUGUAAACAGAGACAGAGAUGAGCAGAUGAGCUAAUUAUUCUGUUGAUUAUGCUGAAUUAUGGGAUCAUUGAUCAAAUAUGCCAUAGAAAUCCUGCCUGCUCUUCCAUUAAGAUGGGAACAUAAUUAAAAUAAAUAACACAUUGGUCAGAGUGUAGGUCAUAAUCACAGUUCUGUCUUGUAAAAUAAUAAUCUGUAUGGAUUUCUUCACUUCUAACACAACUGACCGCUAAUUUAUUUUCAUAAUGUUGAAGCAUACAUUUCUGUUAAGCUUGAUUGUAAAUCGAUAUGAAUUGUAGGCGUCCCAGCAUGACAUUAUUUUGUUAAAAUUUGCUGUUGUUGGAUUUGCCUCUAAUGACAAUUGUUUUAUUAUUAUUUUUGAUAUAUUUCUUUUUAUUUUGGAAAAGAAAGUCUUAAGCACAUACCUAUUAUUGCAUCGUGUCAUUUAGCUAAAAGUGCUGGAAUUAUAUCAGAGUUGAUCUUGAAGCCAGUUGUUUAUUUUGUACGUAGAGAUCAUGUAAAAUAGCAGAUAUGCAGUGUAAAGGUCUCACUUGCCCCUUAUAAACUUAUGCUACUGAAUUAUAUUGUUGGAAGGUCA